GUGCAAAUGAUAAACAUAGUCGGUGGCUUUAGAAAGAAACAAAAAUUGAGGGGUGUGAUUUGGAAGAAAAUUUUGCAUUUUUCAAAAUUUUGAAAUCACUAAAAUCAGCUAAGAGGAGGCACUAUUUCCCUUUGUCGUCAUCGUUUUCUCAGAUUCCUGAAUAAUUCCCAUUUCGAUACCAAUCCCACAAACCUCCCUUCGCCCAUCUCCCGAAAUCGGAUUCAAUAACCCUAGGUUUCAAUCAUGCCCAUGGAGAACGACAAUGGCCACGCUGGCAACGUCGUCGUCACCGCCGAGCAAGCGACCAAGGUUACCGAGACUGAUGGACGGUUGCCGGAGAAUCGUCCCAGCGGUGUUAUCUCAGACGCCGGAAGUGGAAGCGAGAAAGGAGAGGAUGGGGUGGAGACGGCAGUUGCGGUCGCCGUCGAGGAGAGCGGAUCGAAUUUGGUGGCAGACCUACCUCCCCGAUCUUCCUCCGCUAGAGUUCCCUUCACUAAUCUAAGCCAGAUUGAUGCGGAUCUUGCUCUCGCUCGAACCCUCCAAGAACAGGAAGCUGAAGAAAGGGAUAUGGCAGCUAGAUUGUCUGCCUUAUCUGGGUUAGCAGAACGUGUUCAAGAUUUAGAAGAUGAGGAUGAUACUUCUCAGGAUGCCUGGGAUGAGAUGGAUCCUGAUGAGCUUUCAUAUGAGGAGUUGCUUGCGCUUGGCGAAAUUGUGGGAACCGAGAGUAGAGGAUUGUCUGCUGAUACAAUUGCAUCUUUGCCUUCAAAAAGAUAUAAAGACGGAGACAAUCUGAACGGAACCAAUGAGUCGUGUGUUAUUUGUCGUUUAGACUAUGAGGAGGACGAUGACUUGAUACUGCUUCCAUGCAAGCAUUCCUACCACUCAGAGUGCAUAAAUAACUGGUUGAAGAUAAACAAGAUUUGCCCCGUAUGCAGCGCAGAAGUUUCGACUUCCUCCACAGGACCAAGCUAGUCAGAGCAGAAGAGAAAUCCAGAAAAAAAUUUUAUAAGCUAAGAACUUCAACACCUUAGCUGUCUGUUUGUACACUUUAUAUAAACAAAACCAUCAUCAGAUUUCCUUGAAUCCUUUAAACAAUCUCUAUAAAAUUGGAACUUUCUCAAAGCUUUCUCUAGUAUCUGCUUUCAUCUUGCUUCCGUAUUUGCGAUUUUGGGAUAUAUAGCUCAUAUAUUAAGUGGCUAUUUCGUUGAUGUUCAUGUAUGCCACUAUGGAACAACUUCGGUCAUAUCUGGUUUUUGAUGAAAAUCAAGCUUCAAACUCAAGUCUACUGAGACUCUGACUGAUGCAACAAAAGGGUUCAAAUCUGAAUCUUUGACUAGAUCUAAGCUAGCCUUAUUACCUAAGAUAAAUGUUUGGCCACAAAAGCUCACGAGACGCAUCUAUGUUUUUUUUGUUGUCCUCAUUGGAACAUGAACAGAAUGAGUAUUGUAUUGGUCGUCUACAUGAAAAGUUGGCGAGUGGAGUGGCACCAACGGUCGUAUGCAGGGGUGAGAUCGGGCCACUCAGAGGCCGUGACAGAGUAAUCUUGGAGCCAGUUUGAGAGUAAGAUUUCUUGGUCCAAUGCAGGCAAAGUCGAGAUGGCUUUGUCUAUGGCUCGUUCCACCUCAACUCUCUCAUAACCAGUGAGCACAGGAAACGCUAGCCCGUUCCUUGCGUGGCUAAACAGUGGUAGCCAGUUUGCAAGCAGCUUGAACUUCACCUGUCCUGGAACUUGUGUGUUGUCCCUUGCUAACUCACCGAUCAAAACCGCUGCCGAACAUUAGCCAGAGUUUGUCAGAAACCUUAGUGACUAAAAACCGAACCAAUAUUAGUUUCUCAAUGUCGAAAAGAAAUCCAAGACCAAACCUGAAAUCUUAACCAUGAGCCCUUGAACCCUAGGAGCAGCAGUGAGAGACAAGGAAGCUAAACCGGAAGCGUAGCUCCACCGUUUUAUCCCUUCUUCCACCGCACCAUAACGCCUAAGCUUCUCCGUCAUCCACAACAGCUCCUCCGCCAGCUUCUCGACCGCUAGUUCAACCUCAUUCUCCUGGUUACCACCCGCUCUCACCAAUGCAGACUCCCUCCUCUUACUCUGCGAUAACAAGUUACCGGCCAUAUCCGCCAAGGACCUGACCGUGCUGAUGCACGUGCUCAGCCCUUUCACGUAGGAAGCGACAUAGCCACCUAGCGGAAGGGCGCUAACCACACGCAACGGCAGACUACCGAAGGGCUCAUCCGUGGUUCGAGAGCGUUUCAAGGAGUCCUGCAAACGGGCAGUGGUCCGUGCAAAGGAGGUCGCGAGGGCCGCUCGAUUGACAUCGAGUAGUUCCACGUUGCAGCUCAGGGCGUUGUCUUCCAUGAUCUUCUCAGCCAUUCCCAAGGCAAACUGGUAUUUUCUUGAGGUUACUGGAAUCUCGUUCAUUAGCGCUAGUACCUACUCGUAGACACAUGUUAAGAUGUAUACAAUGGGGUAAAUCAACCACCAAUAAGCCGGGUCUACAUAGUCAAUCGAAUUAUUCAUCAAAUAUAUGCGAAGUUGUAUGUACAUUUUAUACAUCUAACUAAACGAACAAACAAUAUCUAUGUAUGCUAGAGAUCCAACGAAGUGCUCGUUACAGAUAAUUCAUCCUAUGAAUAUGUACAUAUGACAAUUAGUUAAUUAGUCUCGAUAACACUAAUUAAGAAUAUACAAACCACCCAAGUUGUG